AUGACCCGUCAGUCUGUCGACAAGUGCCGUGGGCUCAGUCAGCCAAGGGCCACCGGCCUGUCCCCAGUGCAAGUGACACAUACUGUUAGCAAGCGGCUUAGGGCCAACGUGUGGCCCCGACCUGCAGCGGUAGCAUCAGCAGGCAGCUUGGCAGGAAUGCAGAUUCUCAGCAGCCCCCACCCCGCCGGGGCUCCUGACACAGAAACUGUAAGGGUGCCCGAUCUGGAGCAGAUCUGCCGGGUGGGUGUGAUUCCAGUGAGGGCUGGGGGCACCCGGGGCGGGUGCACUGGGGCGGAGGAAGUCCAGGCUUCCCCAGAGGUCUGGCAAACGGAGUCUGGCUUACUCUCAGAGGCAGCUGGAGGGCGCCGGGCCCCUUCUCCACCAGGGGGUGGCCCUGUGACCCUUAAGGUCAGGGUGGUGGGCUACCUCCUCCUCUCCACCAGGCUGGGCGGUGGUGUUCCCCCUGACCUGUCUCCACCAUCACCUCGCCGGGGCCACCGGGUCACAGAGCUGGCAUCUGUCUCUAUUCCACUGAAGGAAGUCACCCCUGAGACCUUCAUUACCUACAAAGUCCUGGAGGUUUUCCCCAGAGGCCGCAGGGUGGCCAUAACGUGCCACUCACCCCAGGCACCCCCGCCCAUCACCUACUCCCUCUGGGGGAGUCAGGGCACCGAGGUCGCCAAGAAGGUGGUGAAGACCGGAGACCCGGCCUCCUUCAGCAUCAACAUCACGCUCAAGUCCAGGCCAGACCUGCUCACUUACUCCUGCAAGGCGGCCUCCCCCUGGGGCGAGCACUCAGCCAGCACCAAGCUGCAGAUGUACUGGGAGCUGUGGACCAAGCCCGUGUCCCAGCUGCAGGCUACCUUCACCUUGCUGGACAGAGGAUCCGGCCCCAGGGUAGAGAUUUCCUGCCGGGCGCCCUCGGGCAGCCCACCCAUCACCUACAGCCUGGUGGGGAAGGACGGGUCCGUCCACAUGCAGCAGAGACCAAGCUAUGGGCAGCCUGCCGACUUCUCCUUCGCCCUUCCCAACACGUCCACCUGGCUCCAGUGCCAGGCUGAAAAUGACCUCAGUGUCCAGUCCAGCCCCUUCAAGCUGGUGCCCCCCGGACAGCCGCCCCAGGGGGCCACCAUCGCGGCGCUGGCUGGCAGCCUCACCUCCAUUGCCGCUGUCACCUCUUGGUUGCUGGGCCGGGCCUUGUGGACCAGGGGGACGCGGCCCGGGGCACGAGCUGGGCUGGACGGCUGUUCCCUGCCGGAGCGCAGGCCCCGCCCGCUCCACUCGCCACUGGCGGCGGGCCGCACUUUGCCCUCGGUCCCCGGGGCCACUUUGGCCACGCCCCGGGGGGCGGGGCAGGGCCGGGGCCGGGCGGUGGCUUAG